UUUGUUAUUUUCUUUCGUUUUUUUUUGAUAGACGAAUUCAAAAACGGACGAGUUAUCUCAUUCUACUUUCGAUUUCAACAAAGCCGAUCAAAAAUUAUCACCAUAAUGUAACGUUUUGGAUCUUGGAGGAAAACAUUCCAAAAUGUCUCAGGCGAGGAGCCUGCCUCAGAGCAAAGAGGCCCUUCUAAAGUCUUACAACAAAAAGUUAAAGGAUAACAUCCAGUCAAUGCUUGUCAAUUUUGAAGAGAUAAUCAAACUAGCCAGAAUGGAUGAAGAUUCACAGAUAUCCAAGUAUACACAGACAGAGGAAGAUCAGUAUGAAAUGCAGGUCCGGGCAGCCAAUAUAGUGAGAGCAGGAGAAUCUCUGAUGAAGUCUGUGUCUGAUCUGAAACAGUUUAUGAUUCUGAAUGACUUCCCCUCUGUAAAUGAGUCCAUCAUCAGGAACGCCAAGAACUGCAAGUCUCUCCAGCAGGAUCUGGAUAACAAACUCACCUCCCUCAGGGACGAAAUGGCCAUCGACUUGUUUGAGCUAGAAGAUGAAUAUUACUCAUCUGCCUUCAAGUGAACCUCUUAUAGAAUAUAGACAAACACAUUGUAUUUUUUAAUGGAAUUUCCAUCUGUAGUGACCCUUAAUAUGUUCAUGUAUGAUGUGUGACCAUUUACUAGUUGAUUAA